UUUCUCUGUCGUUUUCCGUUCAUGUUUCCUCGUUGCUGCCGGCGCUGAACAACAACGCCAACUCCAGACCCCAUACACACACAUAUAUAUAUAUAUGUAUGUAUAGUUUGUAUCUACACUACAUACAUACAGAUACAGUGUAUUGUUGAUACAAAACCAACUGUUGUUUCCUUCCAAAGAUGAAUGAUCUUCUCACGGAUUCCUUUGUUAGUGAUGUUAAAGGCAAGCCUCACUCCAAUCCCACAGAAGAAUAUAAUAAAUUUGAUAUCGAGAUGGGGCCUCGCAACUCCGAUUUGGGCAUGGAAUUGUUCAACAAACAAAUACAAGAGGCUGAAAAGCAAGUGGAAAAGCUCUCCAUUCUGUUGAGGAAACUCAAGGAAACAAACGAAGAGUCGAAGAGUGUUACAAAAGCAUCUUCUAUGAAAGCAAUCAGGAAGAGGAUGGAGAAGGAUAUUGAUGAAGUAGGAAAGAUAGCACAUGGCGUAAAAGCAAAAAUUGAGGCAAUUAAUCGAGACAACUUAGCCAAUCGGCAAAAGCCCGGUUGCGGAAAAGGAUCUGCCGCAGAUAGGUCAAGGAUCAACUUAACAAACGCCUUCACAAAAAAAUUUAAAGACCUCAUGACAGAGUUCCAGGCUUUGAGACAUACCAUAGACGAAGAAUAUCGCGAGGUUGUCGAGAGAAGGAUAAUUACAGUAACUGGAUCUAGGCCAGAUGAAGAGACUAUAAACCAUCUGAUUGAAACUGGAAACAGUGAACAAAUAUUCCAGAAGGCUAUGCUAGAAACAGGACAUGGACAGGUAUUGAACACAUUGGAAGAAAUCCAGGAGAGGCACGACGCCGUGAGAGAAAUCGAGAAAAAACUUCUAGACUUGCAUCAGGUACCUUUCAACUUUCAAUUCAACUUCCAAGUCUUGAUGCCAUCAUCGAAACCUCGGCUGAUUUUUUCAAUGAGCCGUCGCCAGAUAUACAUGGACAUGGCUGUUCUUGUCGAGGCUCAAGGAGAUAUACUCGACAACAUCGAGAGCCAGGUGAAAAAUGCAGUGGACCAUGUAAACAUGGGAGCCGAUGCCCUUCAGACAGCAAAAAACUUGCAGAAGAAAUCAAGAAAAUGCAUGAUGAUUGGCAUAAGCUUGUUGUUGAUCAUUGCUGUCAUUUUAGUUCUUUCCAUUCUCAAGCCAUGGAAGAAGUAGCUCUGAUUUCCAGUUUCCACUUCAAUCGGCUAACUCUUUUUUGUCCAUUUGAUGAGUGCUUAUAGAAAAAUAAAAAGAUAGUCUUGGAAGACAUUUGAAUCUCUUAAUUUGAAAAUCUCUACAUUCCAAAGUAUCAUCUAUAUAUAUAUAUGUAUAUAUGUAUGUAUAUGUGUUGAUGAUCAUCGAUCAGCAGGCGGCGCGGGUGACGGAGCCUUUGAAAACGUAGAGAAAAUCUCCGUUCUCGACGCCGUGCCAGCGGAGGCUGCAGUCGUCUCUCAUGAUUCUCUGCUUGUGAAUGAAAAUGUAGUCGUCAGCCGGAAGCAUUCCCCUCUCCAGCAGCAGCUGCCGGAGCUCCUCCACUCUGCUCGUGUCGUUCAUCUCCACAGGAAUCCUCGCGGCAUUCAUCAAGCUCGCCGACGUCUGCACCACCACACCGACCCUCCUCGCUGGAGGAUCCGCGGUGACUCUCGUCAUGGUCUUCAGGAACACGAUCACCUCCGAGGACGAGGACGAGGUGGAGGCGGAGGUCUCGUGCACGCCGUAAUCAGUGAGGCUGCGGAAGUCGUCCUCCAUCUCCGUCCCGUUGAAGAAGAGCGUCAUUCUACGGAUUGGGGUGCCGUCGACGAUGUGGAUCUUCUCCUUGAGGCUUCUGACGGUGUCUGUCUUGUCCACUUCAAUCUCAAUCUUCCUUGCGGAGAAUUUGACGGUUAUCUUCAUCUUUGCCGGUGGUUCCGGCGCGACGGGUGGCUGCUGGAUGGAGAGGUGCAUUUUGGUGCCGUCGGAGAUGAGGGGGUAGUCGUCUAAGUCGAGGCCAUCGAUGAGUUCCCAGUCACAGACGCUCAGGAUUUGCGCCUCCGCCGGGAUGCCGAGAAACUGUUGGAUCUUGUUCUUGAUCUGUACAAUUGGCUCCCGAGGAUCUACUUCCAGGGAAAAUUCACAACCUUUCAUCACAAUACAGAUCUUCAUGAAUAUAUAUAUAUAUACAUCAUACAUAUAUAUAAGAAUGUUUGAUCAAUCUUGGAUCAUAUAUAUAUAUAUGUGAAUGAUUUGAAUGCAUGGCAUGUGUGUGUAUUUAUAAAGUGAAGAAUCAUGAAGAAGAUAUGAGGUGUUGGUCAGAUUCAUUUGAAAAAGCAGUGAGUCAUGCAAAAGGAGGACAAUCGAGCUCUUGUGCUAAAUGAUCAUCUCAACUAAAAAUUACGAUAUCAUUUAACUCGCUGUAAUGAUAUUUACACGAGCUGCUAUAUCCUAUUCAAAUGGUAAAAAAAUCAAG